AUGAUUAGUGGUGUUGAAGAUUUUUUGAUCGGUUCUGAAACUGGCAUACCGCUCGAGGAUAGGGAGCGAUGGUUAUGUUUAGAGGAUGUUGAUUUUUCAUUUAACGAAUUGCACGAUAUCGAUGAAUCUGUGAAACUAUUAGAACCAAUUGUGAAGAUGGAUUUAUCACACAAUCGUUUGGCUGAUAUUGGCCAUCAUCUACAGCAACUUUAUUCGCUCUAUGAGCUUAAUCUAUCGCAUAAUGGGAUCGAAGAUGUCGACGAUUGGCACACAAAACUUGGCAACGUGAAACGAUUGAAUCUGUCUGGUAACAGCAUUCGAUCACUGAAAGGUCUUUCCAAACUAUACUCACUGGAGUAUCUCGAUUUGACCGCAAAUGCAAUCGCCACACCGGAAGAUGUCACGCCAAUUGGAAAUUUACCUUGUUUAGAGCAUAUCAUUCUUCGCUCUAAUCCUGUUCGUCAAGCAGUCGAAUACAGGACAAAAAUUUUGGAGUCGUUCGGCGAGAGGGCUUCCGAGGUUGUUAAUUUUUACAAUCAUCGACGUUGUUGUUGUUUCUUCCUCGAUUCACCGAAUUUCUUUACGAUUGCUUAUGUUCUCAUGUAG